AUGGCAGAGGUGUUCGAGAAGCAGCUGGCCGACGCCAAGACGGCGUUCUACGCCGACAACUAUGCUGAAGCGGAGAAGGUGCUGCGAGGAAUGCCCCAGGAGGACCUGAAGGUGCAGCACAACUUAGUAAUCACCCGCUACCUGCAGCACCAGCUGUCUAGUGAGCAAACGUUGGCAGCUCUGCGUGCCAGCGCCGAGGGCACCGGUGAGGACCCUAACAUGAAGGCCCCAGGCCUGAUGUUGCAGUACGAGGGGCACGAAACGGCGGUGUACAACCAGGCGGUCCUCUACGCACGCAGCGGCCAAGCGCACGAGGCAGUGCUGCUGCUGCGCCGCAUUCUGGAGAACGCGCAGGAGAUAGCCUUGUCGACGCUGGUGUACAGUCUCUGCCUGUUUCACACCCUCACAAAGCCAAUACGCAAGACCAUGAGCCGCAUGUCGAGCCGUCACGACGAGGAGCUGGUGCAGACCGUGCUCACCUCUAAUAUGGAGAAGUUGCGUGUCGUACCGGAGCUGAUGAAAUUGGUGGAGGCGGCGUUUGCCGAUUCCAGUGGACUCCACGAUGUCUUUUCAGACGUAGAAAAUGAUCAGGUGAAGCAGGCGGUGCAUCUCAACAACCUAGGCGUCUUUUCCCUCUCGGAGGACAAACUUAACGUGGCAAGCCUGUGCUUCACCAAGGCAGAGAAGACGGCGGCGUCGAAGCCAGCGGGGCAGCAUAUCCUUCGACCCAUACAGUACAACGUCGGGCUGUGCGCGCUGCUUCGGGAGGACUACGAGGGCGCGCUACAUGAGUUCCUCUCUCUGCAGGACUCAAUGAAGGCGUCUGCUCUCUUCUGGGUGCGCUGCGCGGAGGCGGCGGUAUCGUGCGUGCAGCAAGGGGCACGAAAGCAGUGUCGCGCUGACUACGAGCGACAGCAGAACACCUUCAGCGAGAUGCUGCAAAGUGGCAAGGUCUAUUCAAACUUCGAGUUCAUGUUGUUGCCAAGUGCGACGACCGUGCCUGGGCCGGCGACGAUCGAGCCGUCGAGAGAGACGACAGAGAAGACUGCUCUUGAGCAGAUUGCCACAGCGGCCGUGCAGAAUGCCCUCUUCCUGCUAGUACCCAAGGGCCACACCUUCUGUAGCGCGGUUGAGGCGUUUCCCCACGAAGAAGCACUCCUGCAGUACGCCAUGUUGUAUUGGGUGGCCCUCGAGCUGAGCCGCCGCAACUAUAUGGCGGCGGCAGAAGCCGGCCAGGAGAUGCUGAAUGGUCAUGAGCGCCAUCUCCUGCCGCCGAACCUGCAUGCCACGCUGCUCAUCUACGUAGUGGAGGCCCUCGUGCACCUCAACGACCCGGAUCGGGCCAUGAAGGUUCUUCGUCGGACCUCGCUGUCGUCCCUGGUCUCGGGGUCGAAUAACGAUCCGGUCGAUGCGGCGCAACGUAGCCGCGUAGAGGCACUCUUCGUGAAUUUGACCAUCUCGCACAUCCUGACGGGGUCUUGGAACCAGGCCCACUCGAUCAUGGAAUCGCUGCUGCGCAAGAUUUACGAAGUGGCCCCGGCCGGUACUGCGGAGUACACGCCAGAGCGUGACACAAUGUUCACCUACUGCAUCUUGGAGGUUUUCCUUGAGCUGGCGCAGGGAAACCAAGAGAAGGCCGCUGAGUGGAUGCUCAAGAUAACGUGGAGCAUAUAA